AUGGCUGCUCCGAGCCUCCGAUCAUAUUAUCAAUCCAAUCUUCAUUCUCUUUCACCAAAAGCUCUCCUUCAGUCGCCUUUCCUAACACCUACUCUCCCCUCUAUGACGACAAACAUGUCCCGUCCGAUCCUCUCAACAGCCGCCCGCCGGAUCUCUCGCUCCCAUUCUCCUCGCACCGCGGUUUCUGCACUUUCCCCGGCAACGUUGCCGACAUUGAGCUUCUCCGCAUCUUUCUGCGAUACCGUUUCCCAGCGAUCCACGCUCCGGCCUAGAUUCCUUUGCCCCCGGGCGAGCUCGUCAUCAUCACGAUCAGUAUUCCGCUUUGACGCUUUCGGACAACGCUCUUCCUUUUCUACUACGAGCAUCCGGCCAGCUACCAAGGUGCUACAAAAUCCGAGAGUUGAUGAAGAUGGGAAGGACUUGUUGAUCAAUAUCUCGCCGAGGGCUGCGGAGCGUCUUCGCGAAAUGACAGACCCCUCUUCAUCCCCCUCCAUCACUAAAGAAGAAAACCCCUACCACCAUCUCCGCAUCACCGUCACAAGCGGUGGAUGCCAUGGAUUCCAAUACCUGAUGUCCCUGGAGGCCGCAUCCAAGAUCGAUGCGGAGGAAGAUACUAUCUUCGCAGCCGAGCCUGAGGAAGGUGAGGCGGAGGCAGCGGGCGCCGGCGAAGCUAAAGUAGUUAUGGACGAGCCAUCGCUGGAGCUUCUUUCGGGCAGUACGGUGGAUUAUACGAUGGAGUUGAUUGGAAGCCAGUUUAAGAUUGUGGAUAACCCGCGCGCGACGAGUAACUGUGGAUGCGGGACUAGUUUUGAUGUUCAGGACUGA